AUGCCGAGCCAAAGCACCACGACACCAGCAAAGGGACUCCCCUCUGCCCGCACGAUUACCAAAGCAGUCGAUGCACUUGCAGCAAUUGACGAACGCCGACUAUCCAAGCGUCAGCGAUUCUCGAUUGAGUCCAAUGAUGCAACUGCUGAGGACCUUGACUCUGCCUCGCCCGUCAUGGACCGGUACAUUGCCGCCAAAGGGGUUGAAGUUGUUCACUCCCUCACCAACUUUUCGGCAUCCGAGCUCAACACGCUGUGGACCAAUAUCAAGCCAUUCGUGACGAAGAACUGGAACGUCGGCAGUGGACGCAAAUGUCCUGUCACUGGGAAGGACAUGCUCUUCAUGACUCUCGUGACGCUUAAGCACGGGGGCACCUGGGACAUUCUUUCCGCCAGUUUUGACGAGGGUGCCGCAACGUUCAGCAAUCGCAUCAACCAGUUCAUUCGCGUUCUCCAUCCAUACCUGGUCCGCAAGUACAUCGACGAGCAAGGCAUAAAGUGGACAAUGCAGCAGCUUGCCGUCGCUGGCCUGCAACAACUGCACCCGCGGUGUCGUUCGGCGAGAAGAAGAGAGAAGAAGACGUACUUUUCCAAUAAGCACGGCCUCUAUGGACACAAGGUUUGGGUGUCCGUUGCACCGAAUGGCUUGGCAAUCAACGUCACGGAUUGUGCUGUGGGCAGCACGUCGGACUUUGAAAUGUUCAAGGCCAACUUGGGCUUUCACUCGACUCAUCUUGAGAAGCAACCGAGCGACACCAACGUCAGCGACAACGACGCGCUGCGCGACAAUUUCCCGAGUCAAUGGUCCGUCCUUGCGGACAGGGGGUAUCAAGGCAUCCAAGAGUACGUCCGUGGCUUCACGCCGUUGAAGCGCCCACCGCACGGACAGCUGACAAUGGAGCAGGAGCGGGCCAAUGUUAAGUUGUCGUCAGAUCGUGUGAUUGUGGAGAACUUCUUCGGAAGGCUCAAGACGCUGUGGGGUCUGGCGUCUGAUAAGUACACGUGGAAGAAGGAUGAGUACAACAUGUACUUUCAGACGUGUGUGGCCCUCACCAAUGUCCACAUUCGGUUCAAUCCUUUGCGGAACAUGGACGGUGAGGGCUACAAUCAGUACAAGAACCGCUUGCUCUCGAUUGGAAGCAAGAUCAAGACCAAGAACUCGUCCUCCAAGGCGAAGUAUCGCGAGAAUCGUAAGGCCCGGAUUCAGGCUGUGUUGGGUCGUGCAAAAACUGGCUACACCAGCGAGGACUACAACAUUGGCUAUGAAGGGGGAGACGAUAUCUUCGAUUAA